AUGGCGCCUCACCGGUACAUCCCGAGCAGCUCAGCCGCCGUUCAGGGCGAGAGAGCCGCUGGAGCUGCAACACCGGGUCCCUACUACGGAGAACCACAUAAGUUUGAUCCUUCCUUCAGAGGUCCAGUCCGCAGAAGAAAUUGCACUGAUGUCUUAUGUUGUUUGAUCUUCAUCAUUGUCAUCCUCUCAUAUGUGGCCCUGGGGAUAGUGGCCUGGUUACAUGGGGACCCCAGGAAGGUACUUUAUCCAACAGACAGCUAUGGCCAGUUCUGUGGUCAGAAGGGAACUUCCAAUGCGAAGAAACCCAUCCUAUUCUAUUUCAACAUCUUAAAAUGUACCAACCCAACUAUACUCAUCAACCUACAAUGCCCUACAACUCAGAUGUGUGUGUCACAGUGCCCAGACAAGUUUGCCACCUACACUGAGAUGCAACUGCAACACAAACUCAACAAGAGUUACUGGCAAUACUAUAAACAGUUCUGCAAGCCUGGAUUUAAUAACCCUGACAAGCCAGUAUCUCAGGUUCUACGUGAUGAGGACUGUCCCUCCAUGAUCAUACCUAGUCGACCAUUUCUGCAGAGAUGUCUACCAGACUUCAUCACUCUGAAUGGGACUGUGACUGUGGCUAACAGAACCAGGUUUAAAGAUGCUCUGGAAAUGCCACGCAGUGUUGCUGAACUCCAACAUGCUGCCAAGGGUAUAACAGGACUAAUGGACACUAAGGAGAUGGGCAUGAAGAUAAUGGAAGAUUAUUCCAAGUCAUGGGCAUGGAUACUCAUAGGCCUGCUGAUAUCCUUGGCUGUUAGUCUGGUCUUCAUCCUGCUGCUGAGGUUCACAGCUGGGUUGCUGUUGUGGACUACCAUCAUCACUGUCAUACUGCUGCUGGCAUAUGGUAUGUGGUACUGCUCUGUGGAGUGGUCCCAGCUCAAACACAGACCAGGCUCUGAGGUUGCCAUUGUAGAAGUCGGCCUGCAGACUGACCUUCAGGUCUAUCUUCAACUCAGACAGACAUGGAUCAUUUUAUUGGUGUCUCUGGGAGUAACGGAAGCUUCCUUCUUGGCGAUGUUGAUAUUCUUAAGGAGAAGAGUCCAAGUGGCUAUUGCCCUGCUCAGAGAGGCUAGCAAAGCCAUUGGACACAUCAUGUCCACACUAUUCUUUCCAGUUGUCACCUUUCUCUUAUUGACUAUUUGCAUCUCCUACUGGGCAGUGACUGCUGUUUACCUAGCAUCCUCAGGUGAAGCCAUCUACAAAGUGAUGUCUCCUGAUGUGAGUUGCCCCUAUGCCAACAGUACUUGCAGUCCUGAGACCUUUAACAGGACCAACAUCUCCAGAUCAGCGUUGUGUCUGGGUUCUCAGUGUCUGUUUGCCUUCUAUGGCGGGGAGACAUCCUACCACCACUACCUCUUCCUGUUGCAGCUGUCCAACCUACUGGUCUUUCUCUGGCUGGUCAACUUCAGCUUGGCCCUGGAGCAGUGCACCCUGGCUGGGACGUUUGCUAGCUACUACUGGGCCAAGAGGAAGCCUCAAGACAUCCCACCAUGUCCACUCUUUUCAUCAUUCAGUAGGGCUAUCAGGUAUCACACAGGGUCUUUGGCGUUUGGAGCUCUAAUUCUUUCAGUUGUCCAACUUCUGCGGAUUAUACUGGAAUACAUGGAGCAGAAACUAAAAGGAGUUGACAACAGCCUGUCCAGAUUCAUAAUGUGCUGUCUGAGAUGCUGCUUCUGGUGUUUGGAGAAAUUUAUACGCUACAUGAACCAUAAUGCGUACAUCAUGGUGGCGGUCUAUGGUAAGAACUUCUGUACCUCAGCCAGAGAGGCCUUCUUCCUGUUAAUGAGAAAUGUGGUCAGGGUUGCAGUUCUGGAUAGAGUGACAGACUUUCUGUUGUUUCUGGGCAAAGUGCUGAUAGCAGGAGGAGUUGGUUUGUUUGCAUUCUUCCUCUUCACUAGGAAGAUCCCAGUUAUCCAGGAUGAAGUACCCAAUCUCAACUACUACUGGAUCCCCCUACUGACUGUGGUGAUAGGUGCCUACCUCAUUGCUCAUGGUUUCUUCAGCGUCUAUGCCAUGUGUGUCGACACACUCUUCCUCUGCUUCUGUGAUGACUUGGAGAGGAAUGAUGGUAGUUCAGAAAAACCUUUCCUCAUGUCUCCAGAGCUGCACAGAAUUCUGGGAAAAUCCAGUCAGUGAUGCGCAAUGAUAUACUGUCCUCCUAUCCACUCUGCUCCAUCAGCUGCCAGUCUGGUCAGUCUCUAUCAAUCUGUGAGAGACAAACAGCCCCGGAUAGACAUCACCCAGCCAAAUCCAAGAGACUUCAUGGUCCCCACACUGACACUGGACAGUUUUGGGUCUGAUCUUUUUUGGAGAUCCUGAAGGCCCUAGAAGUUUUAUCUAUUUAUUUCUGCAAAGCUCAAACUCAAAAUGGCCGAUCACUAUUAGUAAACAUACGUUAAGACACAGGAGUGACACCGUGUCAGAAACCACUAGUAAAAUCAGAAUCAUUCAGACUUUUCAAAACUUAUCAUCAUAACAGAGACAUCAGGAAACAUAUCUUAAAAUGAGGCAGCUGCUUAAGCCAGGACCAAGAUUUGCAGACUGCUCCUUGUGUUUUUUCUUCUGAAGCCCUCUGCAGUGUCAUCCUGCUGCACCAAUGCAGUAACUUACUGAAAUGAUAUGGGAGGUUUAUGACACUGUACCACUGGUGGUCAGACAGGGUCCUUGAAAGUAAUGUUUAUACCCUCAAAUGAAGACAUUUUUGUUUUGUAUUGCGGUUCAGUUUAGUGUGGAAAUGAGUGUGGCCUACAAACAAUUCCAUCAGAGACUAAAAUCCAGGACACACACACAGACACAAAAUUUUGCUCCCACACUUUAAGACAGUAGCAUGUACACAUGGAGGUUCAACAGUCAGCCUCACUGAGGACAAACAUCCUUAAGGUGCUAUAAAUUCAGUCCUGUGUUUCCGACCAAUAACCACAGUCAAAGAGUCACAAACAUUGUUCACUUAUGUUCCACAAUAUUUGGAUGUAAAGGGGAAACUGCCACCUCUGAUUUAACUUUUUAUCACUGUACAGCAGAGGGAGAUCUAUACCUUUCUAGACACCAAGAGUCAGGUUGUCAAGAUUUUGUAGAAUUCUGGGGUAGUGUUUUCUUUUCAGAUUUCUGAUCUUGCCAAUCCAUUUUUUGUGAUGUGACAGGAGAAGUUGAGCAAAUUAUGCUAAAGAGAUGAAUUCACACAGAGACAACUCAUAUCUUGAAUAUUAUGUGGCCAAAUUUCACCACAGCAUGAUGAAAACACUUUUCCGUUUCAGUCACUAUAUUAAAAAUGUUUGUCUUUUUCUAUGUAAAACCAACACUCCCUGUACAUUUUUAUAAGAUGGAUUCAUUUUUGUAUUGGUAAUGUGUUUUUUUUUAUUUGUGAAACAGAUUAAAAUAUAAUACAAUGUUCAUUUCUUGAUUAAAAAAUAAU